AGAGAAAGGAAAAUGCAGGAAUGCAACAAUAUUUUUUUUUGUAAAUCAUAAAUUUAAAUAUAUCUUCCAAAAUUUAAAACGGCGUACGAAAACUUGAUUAAUUUGCCGUAAUAUAUUCUCACUUCUUUCUACCGGACAUAUUGCAAGUAUUUGCGUACAGAGGGUUGCCAACUGAGCUCGUGUGUAGGAAGACGUACUCUAACGAUGGAAGCCAGCACCAGUACAAAUAAUCCCAACGUGGAUGUUGCACAAGUGAAUGUUCUCGAAGUGAUUACCAGCGGUGAAGAAUGGUUAUCAUCAAUCAUGAAAGGCAUUUCGGAAAUAUUUGGGACUGGAAGGAUAACUGCAUUCCCAGUAGAUAAAGCGCAGCUGGCUACCCUUACGGCUCGGAUGAAUCCAGUUCCCGAAUGGCUUAAAGGAAUUUCGGAAUCAUUCCGCCGCUUGCGGAUCUUGGAAGAAGUUUUAAAUACACUUAUUCCGGAGAACGUACCAAUCGAAGAGCUGGUAUGCAUCCGUGGAAAUGAGGAGGAAGACACCCCGCAAAACAUUGAAGACAUGUUCAAAAGCAAAGUUGACAGUGAUUUAUGGAAAGAAUACGAAGAAUUGCGGGAUGAACUGCUUAAGCAGGAUGCAUAUAUAAAACGAAUCAUCGACGCUGAAAGGAUGUUUCUUCAAGAAGUUAACUGUAUUUUGUACCCUUAACUACCAAUAAAGUUGACCUUAUCAGUUGAUAGCAUCCUUUCGGGUGCUUGUUUUGGCCUUUUGUUCCAGCUAGCCGGCCUUUGUUACAGCACAAGCACAACUUGAUAUUUCAUUAAUCUUGGAACUUGGACAAAUGACUUCGGCAGUUAAAAGUAUUCAGUUUAUUGCAGCUGCAUAUUGAUUUUACAUUUAUGGAAAGUAGAAAAUCGAAUUAAAAACAUGAUUGUUAUCAAAUUAGAAGCCGUUAUUGUUAGCUCUCGGUCCGUAUAGAUACAUUGAAUGACAUCCACUACCCGUACUGAUGGUAAUUCACUUUUUCUAACAAUUGUAAGUCAGUGCUAUAUGAUUUAACCAGAGAGAAAGAUAUCUUUCUCUCUGAUUUAACAUUUAAUACUCGAU